AUGUCAACAGCCGCGUCGGAGAACGGCCCCUCUUCGCCGCGGGCCUCGACCGAGCUGCACGUCAACGGAACGGCAACCAGCGGCGAGAAUGGCCGCAUCUCGAUCUCGUCCUCAUCCUCCCUUCCGCCGCCCUCGCAGGCAUCUUCGCAGCCUCCCGACGAGGCGGUAGCAGCGGAACGGACGCCCAUCUCGGCCAUGAGCGACGCCGAUGUCCGCGCGGAGCUCGAGCGAGUCCGCGAGGAGAGAGACGGCUUCGAGAGCCAGUACCGCGGCCUGCUGGCCAAGCUGACCCAGAUGAGGAGCACGCUCGGCGACAGGUUACGCCAGGAUGCGGAAGAGCUGGACCGCCGAGAGCACCAGAUCGACGAGCUGACCUCGCGCACCGCGGAGCUCGAAGCCACCGUGUCGACGCUCAAGGAGGAGCUCGUUUCGUCGCACGCCGAGACUGAGCGGAUCACGGCCGAGUCGGAUUCGCUGCGCGCCACCAUCGCCGCCUCGAGCGCCACCUCGGCCUCGACCUCGCAGGACGUCACCAGCCGGCUGGAGCGGGAGCGGGAGCUGCAGGAGAUGCUCGAGAGGCUCAAGAUGGACUGCGAAGGGUGGGAGACGGCCUGCCUCGAGGAGAGGGCCAGGAGAGAGGAGCUCGAGGCGACGGCAAGGGAAGCGCAGAGCGACAAGGAAAGGGCGGAACAGAGGGCCGAGGCGAUGAGGCAAAAGGCCGAGAGAGAGGAGCAGAGCGCCAGGGAGCUUCAGGCGGUGCUCGAGGAGUUCCAGAGCGCUCAGGAGAGCGAGCUGCGGAGGGCGCUCGGCGACCAGCAGGAGGCGUACGAGACGCUCACGCUCUCGCUCAGCCAGCACAAGGCGAGGGCCGACCAGGCCGAGUCGCAGCUGGCCCAGUACGAGGCGGCGGCCAAGCAGUCGCAGUCGCUGAGCGCCGAGGUGCGGGAAAAGAACCUGCUGAUUGGCAAGCUGCGCCACGAGGCCGUCAUCCUCAACGAGCACCUCACCGAGGCGCUGCGGCGGCUGCGCAACGACGGCGCCGAGACCAACGUCGACCGCAAGCUGGUCACCAACCUCCUGCUCCAGUUCCUCACCACGCCCAGGACCGACGGCAAGCGCUUCGAGAUGCUCAACCUCAUCGCCUCGGUGCUCGGCUGGAGCGACACGGAGCGGGAGACGGCCGGGCUGCAGAAGAUCGGCGGCGGCGGGUCCUCCAGGGGCGGCGGAUGGGGGAUCGGCGUGCAGAGCCCGAGCAAGGCCGACGGCAAGGGCAAAGGCCACGCGAGGAGCGCAGUGGCGGGCGACGAGUCAUUCUCCAACCUCUUUGUCGAGUUCCUGCUUUCGGAAGCCGAGGCCGGCGGCGGCACCGGAGGGACAGGGAGCGGCCCACCCACACCGGCCCGCAAGUCGAUCAGCAGCCCGUCGGCGGCCACGACGCCCGACGGGUCGUCGAGGCGGCCCAGCAUACCCUCACUCACGCAGUCCCUCUCGUCCACGUCGAUACGCGCCGACGACGUCCCUAACCCCAGAUAG